AUGAGUAACAACGAGCAUGGGAAGAGGUCCGAUUCUAUGGACGAGUACGAAUGGGUCCAGGCAGAAAUUGGCGAAACCAGCAACGCUACGAACACCGGCUGCUUUGCGUCCGCGUCGAAGGAGGCGCAGGAGGACGUGUGCAUAUCUAACCGGACGACGGAGAAUGGCAACGAGAAGGAGGAGCUGGCGGGUGGGUACUUCUCCUCGUCGGAUGGGUCCGCAAGGGAGUGCUACGGGGGGGCAUACCAGAUAGGUGCCCACCAAAGAGGUGGCGAAGAAAGGAGUGCCUACCAAAUGGGUGCCCACCAAAGCGGUGCCGACCCCACCUCGUGCAGCCCCGCCGUGCCACAUAGCCUAGUCGCUCCCCACUUGGAGGGGUGCUCCGAGCCCCCCCUUGACGGCCCCCCCCACGGGGAACCAAAAAACUGCGGCGGCGUCAAAAUAUGCAUCAGCAGCGUAGGCGGAAUGGGCGGAGAGCCCCUCCCGGAUGGCCCCGAGGGGGAGGGCUCCCCUCAGUGCUACGACGAGAGGAUGCUUUCCCCGGUUUAUCGGGGCGAGGGGCACCCCGCCGCGAGGGUGGCCAAGCGGGACCUCCCCAAGGAGAUCACUAAGGAGGGCGCUAAGGAGGGCGCUAAGGACGCCGCUGAGAACGCCGCCAAAGACGCCGCAAACACCGCAAACGCCGCGAACGCCGCUACCAACGCAGUGAACGAACUGAUGCGAAACAUAAGGCAGUUCAACCACUCCAUGCAGUCCAUAUCGUCCACCAAGGACGCGCUCUUCCAACAGAACCUGUCCAAAAUGUAUUCAGAGCUUGCAUCUACCAAAAAUUUAGAAUCGCUCAGUGGGUUCUAUGAGGAGGUUCCCCAUAGCGGAGCCACAGCGAAGGAGGGACAAGAACAAACCACACAUGACUCACCAGCGGGGAAAGAAGUAGACAGCGGCGCCAACAUGUAUACGAGCACUUACGACGAUUGGGUGAGCCAAACUAACUACGCUGAUGAGAGGGACGUGCAAGGGAGGAGGUACUCCACGAAUGAGAUUAGCCCUCUACACUUGACGAAGAAAAACUCCAGUAGCAUUUCGUCAAAUCAGUGGGAGCAAAUGAAGAGGAGCUUCUGCGACAUUGAGCAUAACUUGAUGCACCUGAGCAGGGCCAGCAUGGGCAGUGCCGCGGUGGGUUCGCCAGUGGGAGCCGCCACAGUGGGUUCUUCGCCGAUGGGCAGUGCCGCGGUGGGUUCUGCGCUGAUGGGCACUGCACCCAUGGACGCCGCUGCAAUGGGCUCUGCGCAGAUGGACCCCACCGGGGGGGCCAGCUCCCCCUCCACCCCGAACCUCUCCUACGCGACGCUCGACAUGGACAGAUGGAACUCCUCCACCGAGUUCUUCCCCACCAUGGAUUACACGGUUGUCCAAUCGAGGCACAUCAACUUGGAGGUCAGGGGCUCCCCCAAAGCAGCUCCUCUUAGUGCCGCCUCCCCCAAGGUGGUUCCCCUGGCUGGCACGUCCCCCAAGGCAGUUCCCCUAGUUGGCACUUCCCCCAAGGUAAUUCCCCUGAGCGCCGCCUCCCCCAAGGCGGUUCCCCUAAGUGGUGCAUCCCCCAGAGUAGCUCCCCUCAGUGCCGCCUCCCCCAAGGCGGUUCCCCUAAGUGGUGCCUCCCCCAAGGCGGUUCCCCUAAGUGGUGCCUCCCCCAAGGCGGUUCCCCUAAGUGGUGCCUCCCCCAAGGUGGCUCCCCUCAGCGCCGCCUCCCCCAGGGCCAAGCUCACCAAGCUGAACCUCGGGAAAGCCAACAACCUGCAGAGCAAUGCGUUCGCCAGGGAGGAGGAGAUCCUGAGUGGGAAGGCACCCCCCAGGGGGGAUAGCGGCAAAAGGGAGAGCGGCAAAGGGGAGAGCGGCAAAGGGGAGAGCGGCAAAGGGGAGAGCGGCAAAGGGGAGAGCGGCAAAGGGGAGAGCGGCAAAGGGGAGAGCGGCAAAAUGGAGUGUGGCAAAGUGGAGAGCGGCAAAGGCCAAAGCGCGCUGCCCAAAACGAAGUCGCCCAGAAACGUGGCGAGGGGCGCGUCCAGCAAGGCCAUGGCUAGCGCAUCAAAAACCGUAAAGGUGAAAAGCAAAGCGACAAGCGAGACGACGAAGACGCCCAAGAUGGUGAAGCGGAACAGCGAGGGGGGCGGCGCUGCUGGUGCAGUCAAGCCAGAGGGAAAAACGAGCACAGCCCCAGCUUCUUCAAUUGUUGGUGCCAUCACUUCAGCGGUGCCGUCUACAAAUCAAGGGGCCGCUUCCAACGUACCGCACCCAAACGGGGGGUCGCCAACGCACCAAGCCGUCCCCACCUGUGCAAGACAAACGAACAAAAAUGAAAAAGGGGGUUCUGCAGAAAAGGAUCUAACAUACAACAUGAACGUGGUCAUCAGAUGCAGACCAAUGAGUGCUAGCGAAAAAAACGAAGGAGCAAAAAAUGUAAUAAAAAUUCUGGACAACAAAAUGAUAGUGCUACUAGAUCCUUCAGAUAACUCAGAUAAUGUGUUAAGGCAAAAUAGAAGCCGGGAGAAGAAGUACGUUUUCGAUUACGUCUUCGAUGAGACUAGUUCCCAAGAGGAGGUCUACAAGAACAGCGUCAAGUGUCUCAUAGAUGCAGUGAUUGGAGGGUACAACUCUACAGUUUUUGCUUACGGAGCUACAGGUGCUGGAAAGACGCACACAAUUAUAGGGCAUAAAAAUGAGCCCGGAAUUAUGAACAUGAUUUUGAGAGACUUAUUUGACAGAAUCAAAAUGGAGGUGAUGAAUGAGUACAAAGUGAAAUGUUCCUUUAUUGAGAUUUACAAUGAAAACAUUUGUGACCUGCUGAACCCGUCAGAUGAGUACCUAGAUGUGAGAGAAGAUCCCAUAAAAGGAGUUACCGUCUCGAACAUCUUCGAGGUCUGCACCACAUCUGUGGAGGAAAUCAUGGAGCUAAUACAUACCGGGAAUAAAAAUAGAACCCAAGAACCCACAGAUGCAAACAAAACAAGCUCUAGAAGUCAUGGUGUCUUACAGGUUAUCGUAGAAGAGACAGAAAAGGGACAGGGGAUCUACCAACAGACCAAGAGGGGAAAACUAUGUGUAAUUGAUUUAGCAGGAAGUGAAAGAGCUAGCCAAACGAACAACAAAGGAAUGAGACUCUUAGAAGGAGCUAACAUCAAUAGGUCUCUCCUAGCCUUAGGGAAUGUCAUCAAUGCUCUAGUGUCUAGAAGCAAAGGAACAAGCAAAUCUAAUUUUAUACCCUUUAGGGAUAGUAAGCUCACUCGGUUGUUGAAGGAUUCUCUCGGGGGAAACUGCAAAACGGUGAUGAUCGCCAAUGUGAGUCCCUCUCACCUCUCCUACGAAGAUACACAUAACACCCUCAAAUAUGCCAAUAGAGCGAAGAAUAUAAAAAACGUAGUCACCUCCAACGUGGUGGUGGUCAAGCAGCACCUCACCAUGUACAUCGACGUGAUUGAAAAGCUGAAGAGCGAAAUUGAAUUCCUAAAGGAGCAGCUGCACGAAAAGGGGAAGAUGAACGAGUACAUGAGCUCCACCUCCACCACCUUCGACUACUACGACCAGCUGAAGGACUACGAGCGCAACUGCUCGCGGGAGGAGCUGCUCAGCAUCAUCGCCGCGUUGAAGCGGGAGAACCAGCGCCUCCGGAUGGGGGAAGCGGUGGAGGCGGCAGAUGCGGGGGAAGCGGCGGAAACGGUGGAGGUGGCAGACGCGGUGGAAGCAGCAGAUGGGGGUGACGCGGCAGAUGCGGCAGACGCAACCACGAACCAACGGCAGCUGAGCGACUUGAGAGCCGUGAACGAGAAGCUCUUCGCGGACAACAAGAAGUUCCACGAAAAGCUGCAGGAGUACAUGCAGGUCUCCCACAACCUGCGCCUCCUCAACGAGGAGUACAAGCGCCAGAUCGACGCCUUCAAGGCCAUCAUGCACAGCAGCGACGCCAGCCACGUCCAAAUUAGGAAGAAGCUCGACGACUUGCGCAAGAAAUACGACCAGCUCAAGGAAAGCACGGAGGAUAAAGAAAACGACGACGUGUUCGACAAAUGGAAAAGGGAACUCACCAAGGUAAUGGUGCUGGACGAGAGGAAGAAGAUAAAGGCGGUCAUUCUAAGCGUCGAGAGGAGACUCAUCACGAACAAGGAAGUUGGGGAGGGUUCCUUUUCCGAGGAGGACGUCCGCGCGCUGUAUGAAAAGAAAAGCAAAAUGGACGAAGAGCUGCAGCGGAACAUCCUGCAGACGAACGAGCUGCUGAAGGAGCUGCCCCUCCAGAUACGAGACGAAAAAACGAGAAACUUCCUUUUCCUGUUUUACACGAACAAGGUGCUGCUGCAGGAGAAGGAGGAGCUGCAGGAGUUCUUCGAGCUCUCGUCCACCAUCAUCAGCCAAAAGGAGAAGCAAAUUAGCAGCCUGAAGGACCAGCUAAAAAUGACCGACGCGUGCACGCUGCUAAAGAUGUGA